AUGGAUGGAAUCGACGACCAGCAGAUGGAGCUCCAACUCCCAGAGUCUCGAGUGUUGAUUGUGAUCACAGGCGGCACAAUAUGCAUGCGAAAAUCGGCAGACGGACUGGUCCCCGCACGAGGCUUCCUAAAAGCUGGUCUGGCACCUAGGCCCGUCUUCAACGACGGGUCCUACCCCGAGCCACUGGAGAUUGUGACCGACGACAAGGGCACACGCAAGGCUGUCCAGAGUCUGAGAACGCCCAUCAGCACGUAUGAACGCCGUGUUCGCUACUGUGUGCUUGAAUUCGAGAAACUGCUCGAUAGUAGCUCCAUCGAUUCGACGGGCUGGGACCAGAUUGCUCGCACCGUCCAGAGGAACUACCAGCUGUUCGACGGCUUUGUGAUAUUGCAUGGAACAGACUCGCUGGCCUACACGUCGUCUGCGCUAAGCUUCAUGUUCCACAAUCUGGGCAAGCCCGUCAUCUUGACCGGGUCGCAAGCACCCAUGAUGAACCUGCAGACGGACGCCCAGGACAACCUGCUCAACGCCCUCAUCAUUGCUGGGCACUUUAUGAUACCCGAAGUCUGCCUCUUCUUCAACUUCAAGCUCUUCCGCGGCAACCGCGCGACCAAAGUCUCUGCAGAAGACUUUGAUGCAUUCAGCAGCCCCAAUCUUCCACCACUAGCCACCAUCUCGUCUACCCGGACCAACGUACUGUGGCACCGGGUCCAUCGAUCGACCGACCUCAGCCCUUUCACUAUUCAAACCAACCUCGACACGGCACACGUGGCUUGUCUGCGUGUGUUCCCCGGCAUUACGCCAGCAAUGGUGGACGCGGUGCUGCACCUGGACGGACUCAAAGGGCUCGUAUUAGAGACCUUUGGGGCAGGCAACACGCCUGGGGGGCCGGACAGCGCCAUGACGCGAUGCUUGGCAGACGCGGUGAAGAGGGGAAUCGUCAUUGUCAAUGUAACGCAGUGUUUAAGCGGUAGCGUUAGCGCCCUGUACGCUCCCGGGGCUUUCCUAGGUCGAGCCGGAGUCGUGUUUGGCCAGGACCUGACGUCUGAAGCCGCCCUGACCAAGCUGGCAUAUCUGCUCUCGCUGCCGGAUGCCACGCCCGAGGAGGUUGCGAAGCGCAUGUCCGUGUCGCUACGUGGCGAGCUGACCGAAACCACACGCACUCACUUUGAGCAUCCUUCGCGGAGUGGUGUUCUUACCCCUGAGCUCUCGAGUCUCACGGCUCUCGGCUACGCUAUCCAAAAGGGCGACUUGCAAGCAACAAAGGACAUCAUUCGAGGGGAGCCCCGCUGGCUGCUGAACGAUGCGGAUUAUCAGAUGAACAGCCCCGUGCAUCUAGCGGCGACCAGUCCCAAUGUCGACAUCCUAAGAGACUUUCUGGCCCAAGGCGCUUCUGUGCAUCUUCGAAACCGAUCAGGGAAUACCCCGCUCUUCUUGGCUGCGGCGGCGGGCUUACCAGAUCACGUACAGACAUUAAUCGAUGCUGGAGCCCAUCUUCACAGCGACGAGAUGAGUGCGGCAAAGCUGCACGCAUCGGAGGGCGACGGCAACGCAGACGUCUGGAAGCGCGUGAUUGGGUGA